AUGGUCACCAAAAUCAGAAAGGAAGAAGAUUUAGUCAAUAACUGUAUUAAUAAAGAUAUGAUGCCAACAGUCCCAAAUACAAACCUUACAGGUAUGUGGACUGUCAAUCCUAUUGGACGGUUGGGUAAUCUUAUGGGGCAGUAUUCAACACUCUAUGCUCUUGCAAAGCUGAAUGGCCACCAAGCCUAUGUCUUACCAAAUAUGCAUAAGCAGCUGUCCAAAAUAUUUAAACUAAAGAUGCCAGUGAUUCACCAGGAGGUUGCUGAUCGAAUCAAAUGGAAAAUCAUGGGACUACAUGAUUGGAUGUCUCCAGAUUAUAAUAAUAUUAAGGGAGAUUUUGUUAAAUUUCAUGGCUACCCAUGUUCAUGGACAUUCUAUCACCACAUACGGGCAGAGAUUCUAGAGGAAUUUACAUUUCAUGACUUUAUUAAAGAAGAAGCUAAUGAAUACCUAGCUAAAAUAAGGGGAAACCAGGAAGACGUAACAUUUGUAGGGGUGCAUGUCCGCAGAGGAGAUUAUGUUCAUGUUAUGCCUGACGCAUGGAAAGGUGUUAUAGCGGACAAGGUAUAUUUACAAAAAGCCAUGGACUACUUUAGGGAAAAAUACAAAAAACCAUUGUUUGUGGUUACCAGUAAUGGCAUGGAUUGGUGCAAGGAAAAUAUUGAUAAUUCAGCAGGGGAUGUUUAUUUUUCUGGAGAUGGUAAAGAAGGCUCACCUGGUAGAGACUUUGCCUUUCUAGCACAUUGUAACCACACUAUCAUGACUAUUGGCACAUUUGGGUUUUGGGCUGGCUAUUUGGCGGGAGGGGAGACCAUUUACCUUACAAACUUCACUUUACCGGAAUCUGCUUUUCUCCGAGUUUUCAAGUAUGAAGCGGCAUUUCUUCCAGAAUGGAUUGGCAUCCCUGCUGACCUUUCUCCACUUCUGAACAAAGAUAAAUCAAACUAAACAGUGACUAUGCCUUAUGAAGUUUAUUGAUUGCAUAUAAAUCCAUGAAUAAAAUAGUUUUAACUUUAA